AUGUCGAAGCACAGCUUGGAUGAUGAUUUGAAGCCUAGGGAGGUCUUUGUUGAGGAUGCUGAGUCGCAGGUUCCGCAUCUGGGGGAUUAUAGUCGCAAUGUGAAUGCAAGGAUUUAUAAUCCGUUGUCGGGGAUUACCAAAGAUGAUCUUUAUGAUCGGGUGCUGCGGUUCUGUCAGGAGUAUGGGUUCGAGGAACAUGUUGAAACGUUCCAGAAGGGAGCUCUUGUUGCUCAGCGGCCCAAGGAAUUUGAAGAGCUUCCCGAAUUGACGGAUGAUGAUAAGUAUUAUUUGCGCCGGGAGACUACACACAAAUGGCAUCUUCCCAGAGCUCUAUACUACAGCAUUGGUUUGUGCUCUCUAGGCUCGGCCAUUCAAGGAUGGGAUAACACUGGAGCAAACGGUGCCAACCUUUCCUUUCCCAAGGAGUUCGGCAUCGAGGACAAUACAUGGUUGGUCGGAGUUAUCAAUGCAGGACCUACUCUCUUCGGUCUUCUGAGUGCAUGGGCAGCGGAUCCCCUGAACAACUGGCUCGGUCGUCGGGGCACAAUCUUCUUGACUGGGCUAUUUUGUGUCUUCCCAGUCCUGGCACAGGCAUUCACCCAAAAUUGGUGGGGCUUGUUGAUUUGCCGGCUUUUCAUGGGACUCGGAAUGGGUGUCAAAAUCUCAACUAUUCCCGUUUUCAGCGCAGAAAUCAGUCCUGCAUCUAUCCGAGGUGGUUUGGUCACUUCCUUCCAGUUAUGGGUGGCAUUCGGUAUCUUCGUUGGCUUCUGUUCGAAUCUUAUCUUCUUCCGGGUUGGACCCCUUGCCUGGCGAUUUCAGUUAGCUGCUGCUUUUGCUCCAGCGGUGCCAGUCCUCAUAUUCGUCUGGUUCUGCCCUGAAUCCCCACGAUGGCUCAUGAAGAAACACCGCUACCAAGAAGCUUUCAAAUCAUUCUGUCGGCUCCGCAAUACAGAGCUUAUUGCUGCAAGAGAAUUGUACUACGCCCAUUGCCAAGUCAUGACCGAGCGGGAUGCAUUCUCAGGCAUCUCACUCGCCUCACGAGUCUGGGAACUAUUCGCAGUCCCCCGUCUCCGCCGAGCAAUGAUCUCAAGCUCACUCAUCGUCAUAGCACAGCAAUUCUCCGGAAUCAACGCAAUGGCCUUUUACUCAAGUACUAUCUUCUCGGAAGCGGGAUACUCACCUCGGGAUUGUCUCCUGGCAUCCCUAGGGUUCGGACUAACAAUGUUCGUCUUUGCCAUUCCCGCUGUUUAUACCAUGGACACGUUCGGCCGGCGGAACCUGUUGCUGUUUACGUUCCCUAAUAUGGCGUGGUGUCUUCUUGCGGCUGGAUGUUGCUUCUUGCUUCCGGAGGGGUCUCCUGCUCGUGUGCCCUUGAUUGCACUUUUUAUUUAUCUGUUUGGUGCUUUCUAUGGUCCUGGUAUUGGGCCUAUCCCGUCUAUUUACUUCAGCGAAGCAUUCCCUUGUCUCAUCGAGAGCUUGGCGCAGCCUUUACCAUUUGUGUGA